UUAAGAUUUAUGUAAGUAGGUUUAGAGCCAGCACGGACUGAUGCACUUGAGAUGGGGAGGAGUUUAAGGGAGGGGUGUGGGAGGCUGGUUGCCUGUUUGGGCGCACAGAUACCCCCCCUAAAUCCAGCAGGGUCAAAUCCAGCAGGACGUCCCUUCUCUGACGUGCAGCGGGGGUGCCGCAUGAGCAGGGGGUCUUACAGCGGCCGCCACUUUAAAAGCCGCCUCGGAAGAUGCUCCACAACCAUUACGCAAGACACUGGCCAGCUCAGACAAGUUUGCCAGCAUCAUUUUUAGCCUGGUUCCUCGUGUAACUACAACUUUGCGAAGUGUGUGUAAUUUUUUUUUCUUUUCUUUUUUCAAAUUUUCUCUGGACUUUACCAACCAAUGUGGCUCCUUGGAUCAGCGUCCCAAGUGAUGAUGAUGGAUGAGCGCAUGUCUCCCUCCGCACGCUCGGUCCAGAGCCCGGGGAACAACCCGUCCACAGUCCACAGCAUAGAGGCCAUACUGGGAUUUAAAGAGGACACGCUUUUCCACAAAUCGUCCUCCUACGGCAUGACGGGAAAAAGUCUGGUGAAAGAUGCUGAGCGCAGUGGGGAUGUACUUGUUGCGCAAAUGAAGAAAAAUCACUACUCGGAGGGUUGUGACAUUGUGUGUUGCGGCGGCAGCAUCGGUGAAGCCUCCGUGUGUCCGGACUCACCGGACAGGGACGGCAAACUGUCCGACGACGAGAGCCACAAGAAGAAGCACCGCCGGAACCGGACCACGUUCACCACCUUCCAGCUCCACGAACUGGAGAGGGCCUUCGAGAAGUCCCACUACCCGGACGUGUACAGCAGAGAGGAGCUGGCCCUGAAGGUCAACCUGCCGGAGGUCCGAGUGCAGGUGUGGUUCCAAAACCGGCGGGCCAAGUGGCGUCGGCAGGAGAAGCUGGAGGUGAGCUCCAUCAAGCUCCAGGACACCACCUCCUCCUCCCUGCUCUCCUUCACCCGCUCCCCCGCCGGCUCCCUCGGCUCCGGUCUGCAGCUGGACCCCUGGCUCUCGGGCCCCAUCACCUCCUCCACCUCCCUGCAGUCGCUCCCGGGCUUCAUCGGCAGCCCGCAGGGCCUCCCGGGCACUUACACCCCUUCCCCUCCCCCAUCCAUGCCGUCUUCCCUGCCGGCCUCCUUCCUUGGCUCCCCGGCCCUGGGACACAGCUCUCACCUGCCCCACAUCGGUUCUAUGUGCCCCCCGCCCCCGGCGUACCAGUGCUCAGCCGAUCCAAGGAACUCCAGUAUUGCCUCACUGAGGAUGAAGGCCAAGGAACACAUUCAGUCUAUCGGCAAGUCGUGGUGAUGCUGAGUGGAGUUAAAAAACGGACACCAAGAGCCAGCGUACGUCUUACUGAAUCUUCUAAAGAGCUGGCUGCAUUCAUAACGACGGGAUUGUAAAAUUAUGGAUGUCUGUGUGAGCUCCGGUCGCCCUGUGGGAUUUGAGACGACAUCUUUCAGGAAAGAUGUGACAGUAACGGUGAACUUUCUGUAAAAAUGUGAAAUUCAUUCAUAAUGUUCUUGUGUUUUUUUGGUUUUUUCCCACUUUAUCUCCUCUGAAAACAGUUUGUACUGUAAAGUUUUACAUCCAGUCAUCCCACUCUUGUCCAGUGAUAUAUUACCAGUAUAACAAAUUCAAACUCCACUGGAAACCCUUUAUUGUAAAUGGAGCUGCAUUUGUUUAGAUUUUCUCCAGCUUCUCGAUCUCGGUCAUAAAAGGUGUAUCAGACAUGAUUAUUUUCUCUAUACAAUAAACAGUUUGUGUAGAAAUCCGUUAACAAGCGUUUGAAUACCAUGGUUUUCCUUGAGAACUUGUGGAACAUGUGAUAGAUUUGACAUUAACGUCUGACACAAUGGAAACGGGACAGAAACUUGUAUGAUUAUAUCAAGAAUAAACGGCGCAAGAGAAAAUAUAAUGAGUAUGAUAUAAUGUAUCAUUCUGCAUAUAAAAGACUACACAAAAUCUGUACAUUUUAAAAAUCGAAUUUUAAAAAUAGCACCCCUUAGUGGUGGAAAAUAAAAAGCAUUUAAGUGUUUGUAUUUUUACACUGGUGAAAAUCUCUUUUUAACUCUUCAUGCAAACAUUUCAUCCUGGAGGAGCCUGAGUCAACAUGGUGGUGGUGUUAUAAAGAAGCAGGCUUAAACUUCCAGACUUCCUCUCUGCGUUUUUUUUUUUUUUUUUUAGUGAAUGCUUUUCUCAACCCAUUUAUUUCCUCCUCAUUAACUCCUGUAAACUUUAUCCCAUUCGCCCCUGGGAUUAUACCCAUAAUGGGGGUGAAAGUGGCUUGUACCUCCAUUGUCCGCCGAUCAUCCGUGACAAAUGAGUAAAGAGAGACUGGAGUGAAAAGUUUCCUUUGGCUUUAAGAGAAAGAUGUGUGUCACCAAAUUGUUUCAAUUAGCAUUUCCUAUUCCGUGCAACCCCUGAGGGCUAAUAAUAGCCUGCUCAUCAUUCACGCAUCUUUCGUAAGCAGGCAGACAGUGGGGUGUUUAUUUGUUUGUGUGUGUGUAUGUGUGUAAUGAACAAAUUAAACUAUUAACAAUUU